AUGAAGGAAAAACCAGCUGAGCUCGUCAUCAUCUAUUUCAUGCUGCUUCACGGUUUAGGAGCAGCAUUGAACUGCACAAGCCCAACCCGUAAGGCCUUGUAUCACGCACUUGCAGAGGAAUUACUUCCUCAAAAAAUGGUGCCUCCCAUAAACAGCUUCACACAACCACUGGAAAUCACCAUCAGUAUCACUGUGGUGGGAGUCGUAGGAGUGGAUGAAAAGGCCCAAACUCUGAUAACUGUCUUGUGGCAAAUACUGGAAUGGCAAAUAGAUGGCCUGAGCUGGGAUAAGGAUGAAUGCGGAACCGAAAGAGUUUCUAUUCCUCGGGAAAUGCUCUGGGUCCCUGACGUGCACAUCGGAGAGUUCAUGGAUGAGGACACUUCUCCUGAAACUCCCUAUGUCUACUUAUACAACACAGGUCACGUUUAUGAUGACAAACCGGUCAGAGUGGUCAGCUCCUGUAGAUUAGAAAUCUACACUUUCCCCUUUGACGUCCAAAACUGCUCGCUGACCUUUGGUGCAUAUAUACACUUUGCAUCAGAUAUACAGAUGAUUCAAGGCGCCACAGCUGAAGAGAUCCUGGAAGAGUCCAGACAAGUCAUAGAGACCAAUGGGGAGUGGGAGCUUGUAGGCAUCAGAGCCACUCCGUCUGUCCUGACCUUAGAGGAGAGCUACUCUAUGAUAGUUUAUCAUAUCAUCAUCAGACGACGGCCAGUCCUCUAUGUGGUGAACCUGCUGAUCCCCAGCUGCUUCCUCGUCACAGUGGACCUCUUCAGCUUCCUGCUGCCUCCUCAGAGUGUCGACCGGUCUUCUUUUAAGAUGACCCUGAUCCUUGGCUACACAGUCUUCCUCCUCAUCAUGAACGAUCUUCUGCCCGUCACAGGAGAAACAACACCUCUGAUCAAUGUUUUCUUCUCCCUGAGCCUGGCUCUGAUGGUGGCCAGUCUAUUGGAGACGGUGUUUAUCACUAAUGUCCAGUUCAGCUCCAGUCAGUACAGUGCUGUGCCAAACUGGCUCAGCGUGCUUGUACUACGUUAUCUAGCUGUUGUUGUUUGCCUCCCACCAAAGAAAAAGAGCAACCGAGUCACUGUCCACCUCAACCAACACACUAGAGAGCCAUCAAUGAAUCCCAGCAUCAACAGCAUCUCAGUGAGUCACCUUCAGAGCAUCUCAGUUGAUGAAACUCCAGUGAAGCCCCCUCCCUCGUCUCCCCCCACUCCCCUGCCUCCCCUGCCUCCCCUGCCCCACCCGGAGCCAGCUCUGGAUGAACUGAAGAAGCUGAGCAGAGACCUCACAGCCAUCCGCCUGCAGAUAGACAAUCACUUCAAAGGCACAAACACCACGCAGGAGUGGCAGAUGAUCGGGAUAGUCAUCGACCGGCUGCUGUUCUGGUUGUACAUCAUCUUCAUCAUCGUCAGCUUCAUCACCAUCAUCUCUAUCUGGAUAUGGAAUAAUUCCUAUGCAGUAUGA